AUGGUGAACCCCGCGGCCAUGCGCGUCUGCGGCGUCUGCGGCGUCUGUGGGACGUUGAAUCCGAGACCACCGAUGCCUCCGAGUCUGAGUAUUCGCUUGUCGGACGCGCUCGGAGGCGGAGAUGACUCGUUCUCGUCUUCCAGUGAGGACAGCGAGGACAGUGACAGUGGCGAUGAAGAGGAGGAUAAGUUCUUGAUGUGCUGGUUUUACAUGUUUCAAAAUGUGAAAUAUUGA